GUUAUAUUGCACUUUUGGCACCCUCCUGAUCUGUUCCAUGUCCAAGGGCGACCUUAUUGCCAAACAGACCUAUGCCAUCAGAAGAAUAAAAGAUGCCUUCAGAGAAAACAAAAAUAUUAAGGAUUCAACGGAAAUAGAAACACUAGUUAACAAAGCAAAAACUAAUCUGGAAAUAAUACGUCGACAGGUUUGGUCUUUUAUCUCCAUUUACAUCAAGGAUGGAAGUCCUGCAGUCCUUCAGAUGUCACUGGACUACAACUUCCAUCAGCAUAACCACUGAUGAGGGAUCAUGAGUGUUACAGUCCAGCAAUAUUUGGCAAGCCUCAAGUUGCUCAUGUCCUUCUUAGUCAGUGUAUUGAAGCUGGUGAAAUAUAUCCUAGACUGGACUUUAAAAUUAUGUGUUCAUAUGUAUGUAAUUUUAAUAUAUAUAUAAGUAAAACAUGUCAGAUCCAGCAAUAGUUUAUCUGAUCUGUUAUUCUUUUCACACAGUGGUCACUUUAUUGCCUCUAAGGAGGUUGCCAUUUCAAUAUAGUAGCACCCUCCAUCUUGUGUUCCCCAGCAACUGGCAUGCAGGGGCAUACUAGAAGAAACAUAUAGCCAUUCUGAAUUGUAGCCACUGAUUAUUCCACCUUUUUUAAUUUAU